UAUAAAAACGAGAGGCGUUGCUUGAAAGCAGAACAGACACUGCAGCAUCUUGUUGGAGAGGCACCAGAACCACGACCCACUAAACCAUCAUGUCAGAUCUCUGCGUUGGAAUCAAUGGCUUUGGCCGUAUCGGCCGCCUGGUCCUGAGGGCCUGCCUGGAGAAGGGCAUCAAAGUCACCGCCAUCAACGACCCCUUUAUCGACCUGCAGUACAUGGUCUACAUGUUCAAGUAUGACUCCACCCACGGCCGUUACAAAGGCGAAGUGAGUCACGAUGGCGGCAAGCUGAUCGUCGAUGGACAUGAAAUCUCCGUGUUCCAAUGUAUGAAGCCAGCUGAGAUCCCAUGGGGUAAUGCUGGUGCCCUGUACGUCGUGGAGUCCACUGGUGUCUUCCUCAGCAUCGAGAAGGCCUCUUCUCACCUGCAGGGAGGAGCCAAGCGUGUGGUUGUGUCCGCCCCCUCCCCCGAUGCCCCCAUGUUCGUGAUGGGAGUCAACGAGGACAAAUAUGACCCAUCCAGCAUGACCAUCGUCAGCAACGCAUCCUGCACCACCAACUGUCUAGCACCUCUGGCCAAGGUCAUUCAUGACAACUUCGGCAUUGAGGAGGCCCUCAUGACCACAGUCCAUGCCUACACCGCCACCCAGAAGACCGUGGAUGGCCCCUCUGCUAAGGCCUGGCGCGAUGGCCGUGGUGCUCACCAGAACAUCAUUCCUGCCUCCACCGGAGCUGCCAAGGCUGUUGGCAAAGUCAUCCCUGAGCUCAACGGCAAACUGACUGGCAUGGCCUUCCGUGUGCCAGUGGCCGACGUGUCCGUGGUUGACCUCACCUGCCGUCUGUCACGGCCCGCCAGCUACGCUGACAUCAAAGAGUCUGUGAAGAAGGCCGCACACGGGCCCAUGAAGGGAAUCCUGGGAUACACAGAGGACUCCGUUGUCUCCUCUGACUUUGUCGGUGACACCCACUCCUCCAUCUUUGAUGCUGGUGCUGGAAUUUCCCUGAAUGACAACUUUGUCAAACUCAUCUCCUGGUAUGACAAUGAGUAUGGCUACAGCAACCGUGUCGCUGACCUGCUCUUGUACAUGCACACCAAGGAGUAAGCUUCUGCCUGACUCCCCACCUCCACCUUAGAGAAGAGGCGACAAUGGGACCACCGUUCCUCCUUCUACAUGCACUCACCUCAUAGUUCAAGCCAUAGUGCCCCCCCUCUAGCACUCCCUUUUCCUCUCCUCCGAAAACUCUACAAGGCGUUUUUAGUCUCUGUAGCAGUCUGUGUGUGAAUCUUAGUUUGUUCCUUUUACAAAUAAGUCCCACUUGGAGGCGGAACUUUUGAAUUGGCAGUAUUUGUGUCUGUGUCGCCCCCGCGAGCAUUGUUGCUGUAGAUGUUUCCAUUCUGGGUGUUGCCAUGUUAUAUUGUUGUUUGAGAUUUAACGGUUAAAAAGAAAUGAUGAUGGUCAACCUGUAAUGUGAUUAAAGAGGAAAUCUGAAAUAAAAAUGUUUUAAAAAUACAAAA